AUGGAGGGUCCUCCGGAAGGGAAGGCACCCGCGGCGGCGCUGGCCGCUGUGCUGAAGCACAGCUCGGCGCUACCCUCCGAGAGCUCCCAAGUCCGAGGUUACGACUUCAACCGCGGCGUGGACUACCGUGCGCUACUGGAGGCCUUCGGCACCACUGGCUUUCAGGCCACCAACUUCGGGCGCGCCGUGCAGCAAGUCAACGCCAUGAUAGAGAAGAAACUGGAGCCACUGUCACAGGAUGAAGACCACCAUGCAGACCUGACCCAGAGCCGGCGCCCACUUACUGGCUGCACCAUCUUUCUGGGCUACACAUCAAACCUCAUCAGUUCAGGCAUCCGUGAGACCAUCCGUUACCUCGUGCAGCACAACAUGGUGGAUGUCUUAGUGACCACAGCUGGCGGCGUGGAGGAAGAUUUUAUCAAGUGCCUGGCACCCACGUACCUGGGCGAUUUCAGUCUCAGGGGGAAGGAGCUACGUGAGAACGGGAUCAACAGGAUUGGAAACUUACUGGUGCCCAACGACAAUUACUGCAAGUUUGAGGAUUGGUUGAUGCCCAUUCUGGACCAGAUGGUGCUGGAGCAGAACACAGAGGGUGUGAAGUGGACACCUUCCAAGAUGAUUGCCCGCCUGGGCAAGGAGAUCAACAACCCAGAAUCGGUGUAUUACUGGGCCCAGAAGAACCACAUCCCCGUGUUGAGCCCAGCGCUCACAGAUGGCUCCCUGGGUGACAUGAUCUUCUUCCAUUCCUACAAGAACCCAGGCUUGGUCCUGGACAUUGUCGAGGACCUGAGGCUCAUCAACACGCAGGCCAUCUUUGCCAAGCACACUGGGAUGAUCAUCCUGGGCGGGGGUUUGGUCAAGCACCACAUCGCCAACGCCAACCUCAUGCGGAACGGGGCUGACUACUCUGUCUAUAUCAACACGGCCCAGGAGUUUGAUGGCUCGGACUCUGGUGCCAGGCCGGACGAAGCGGUUUCCUGGGGCAAGAUCCGGGUGGAUGCACAGCCUGUCAAGGUCUACGCCGACGCCUCCCUCGUCUUCCCCCUGCUUGUGGCUGAAACUUUUGCCCAGAAGAGAGAUGCCUUCAUGCCUGAGAAGAAUGAGGACUGAAUGGCUGUGGCUCAGGGAAGUCUCCCCUCUCCUGUAUUUAUUAGCUUGCAAACCCGGUCCCUUCCUCCCUCCUUGGUCAGCUGUGUGUCUAAAAUAAAUGGUCUCCAUGA